UGCCACGUGACUCAUCGCGAUCGAAGCCUGCCAGUGUCAUGUCCAGCCUCUCGGUCUCUCGAGAUUUCAUCACUCAAGUUGUCAGCGGUGGUACGUAUGGCUAACGAAAUGUUCCAGGAGCCGUGCGAAGAGAGCGGAAGUGAUACUGUCAAAACCGUCGAGCAUACUCAACCGAAUAGCAGUUUGGGCGGAACGCUGAGCAGUGGUUGCGGGGCCUAUUCGUAUGUAUGAGCGAAUACUCAAAACAGGUCAUGUUGACGGGGGGACGACGUUUGCUGCUUGUACGUAUGGACACAACUCGGAUUUAAAUCUAAAUGUAAUUAGUGGCAUAAAUCCGCCCACAGUUUGACUGAGGUUGGUUUCUCACCUCGUCCUGGUCGUUAAUGGUCCUUACAAUUCAACAUGCGCGGCCCACUGACGUCCUUCUCUUCCUUCGUUUCCUUCGCUACCCUUAGUCUCGCGCUUUCUGCGCCAGCUACCAGCCCGUACGUCGUGCACGAAAAGCGCACUACUAUACCUCCAGACUGGUCUCUUCUGCGCCGUCACUAUGCAUCCUCUACCCUUCCUCUCCGCUUUGCCUUGAAGCAGAGAAACAUGGAAAAAAUUGGCGAUUUCCUUCUCGACGUGUCCCGCCCCGACUCUCCCAAUUACGGUAACCAUUGGACCCCUUCCGACAUCGCUUACAAAUUCUCUCCGAGCUCUGAUACCAUUGACGCCGUCCGCGAAUGGCUCGUGUCCACGGGCAUCGACUCUCGCCGCAUUCAGCUUAGUCCAUCCAGAGGAUGGAUUCAUGUUGACGUCUCCGUCGAGGAAGCUGAGCAACUGAUGAACACGGAAUACAAUGUAUACAAACACGUAUCCGGCAUGGAGCACGUUGCUUGUGAAGCGUACCAUCUUCCCAAACACGUCAGCCACCAUAUCGACUUCGUACUCCCUUCCGUGCACUUCGACGCGAGGAUAAGGCGCCGCGAUGGCAACCAGCCCCUUAUCAAGAUCGGACAGCCCGGCAGCGGAUUUGAUGGCCCCAAAACGACGGGUUCUUUGCCAGUCAAUUAUACUCAACUCGCGCAAUGCGACAUGGUCAUAACUCCUGAGUGCCUCAGGGCUCUCUAUGGCUUGUAUUACCAUCCUGUCGUGACGGAAGAGAACAGCUACGGAAUCGUCGAGUACACUCCCCAGGCAUUUGUACAGAGUGACUUGCAGAUGUUUGCGAAGAAUUUUUCCACGGAUCUGCUUGGGAAAUCACCGGUACUGGUUUCGAUCGACGGUGGCUACUAUCAGACCCAAGACACGGGCUUCGAUUACAAUGGCGAAUCUAACCUUGAUCUCCAAUAUGGCAUGUCUCUUGUCACUGGCGAGCAACCUGUCUCUCUUUACCAAGUGGGCGAUAUGAUCGAGGGAGCGUCAUUUAACAACUUCCUUGAUGCCAUCGACGGAAGUUAUUGCACUUUCGAAGGUGGCGAUGACCCCAGUCAAGAUGCAAUCUAUCCGGAUCCAGCGGCCGGAGGUUACCAAGGCAAGGAGGCAUGUGGUACCGUGGAGCCAGCUUAUGUGAUCUCUACAUCCUACUCGUAUAACGAAGCAGACCUUACACCCUUCUACGCAACCCGUCAGUGCGCGGAGUACGCUAAGCUUGGGCUUCAGGGUAUUACGGUUCUCUAUAGCUCUGGGGACAAUGGCGUCGCAGGCAAUGAAGGACUGUGCUUAAAUCCCGACGGUACCCAAAGUGCCUCCGGUACCCGUUUUAACCCAACGUUCCCUGCGGGAUGCCCCUACGUCACAUCUGUCGGUGCCACUAUGAUGAAGCCCAAUGCCUCUGUGUACGACCUGCAACCGGAACAGGCGUGCGAUGAGAUUAUCUAUUCAAGUGGGGGAUUUAGUAACUACUUCGCUAUUCCCGACUACCAGGUGGACGCUGUCAGUUGUUGGAUGGAUGAAUAUGGGAAGGAGUAUGUCGUGGAAUAUGGUGGUGCUUGGAAUUCAACAGGAAGGAGUCGCGCGUUUCCAGAUGUUUCGGCUAACGGAGCUAACUACGCCGUUGCGGUUGACGGUGAAUUUCUCCUUGUAUACGGCACAUCGGCUUCGACCCCCGUUAUUGGGGCUCUCCUGACGAUGGUAAAUGAUGCCCGACUCGCAAACGGCAAGAAGCCCGUUGGCUUUAUUAACCCUGCGAUCUACUCAUCCAAGUUCGCCGGCGCAUUCAAGGACAUCACCGAGGGUAACAAUCCUGGGUGUGGUACGAACGGUUUCAACGCCACGGAAGGGUGGGACCCUGUCACGGGUUUGGGCACGCCGCAAUUCCCCCUAUUGUUAGCGCGCUGGCUGGAGUUGCCUUGAGUUGCGGACAAGCAGACACCGAUCAGCGAUGCGCAUAAACAGACUAACUUCCGUCCUUUGAUACUGAUACCCUUCUUUUGACUAACGUACAUUCCUCUAAUCGAAGUGUCGCUCUUUCUUUCCUCCAUGAAAUGGAAUGCUCAGAUGUUGUAGGUAGUUGAAAUAAGCAGAUUAUUCCUAUACCUGCGUGAGUCGAACUGAUAGAAUACAUUCUCGUGUGCACGAACGUCUUCU